GCCGACACCUUAAAGACGGAGUCGCAGAACCGCUCUCCACCCUCUCUCUCUCUCUCUCUCUCCCUCCUCCUUCAAAGGUCACAGAGCAGAUUUCUUUCGCCGGUCCACGGUCGAAGUUCAGCCGGAGGAAUAUGCUGCCGUCGCUAUCACUCCAUUCCCCCAAAAAAGGCAAAUUUAAAAUUCGAAAUUGUUAAAUUUAACACCGAAGCACAUAGAACUGUUCUCUGCUCAACUCACAAGCAAGACAGCUCCGAGUCUUACAAGUGACAAUUCAUACCCCUUCAAACCCGUCUUCAUGUCCCUCUCACUCCUCCUCAUCUCUCUUCUCAGGUUCUUCUCGUCGCCGUUGAACUCUUCCUUCAAGCUUCUGCGAUUUAAUUGAGUGUAUCUGAAGCCCUAGGCGGAAACGAUUCGGUGGCGCAGAUGGACGCUGGAGACGGCACCGUGAAGCUCGGCGCUCUGAGCACGAAGCCCGAUCGGUGCUUCGAUUUGGCUCAGGACGUCUCUGUUUCGUCACCCGUGACGAGGCAGAAGGCUGCCGCGGCGAAGCAGUUCAUAGAGAAUCAUUACAAGAACUAUCUUCAAGGAUUGCAGGAUCGCAAGGAGAGACGCAGAACACUUCAGAGGAGGGCACAGGAAGCUCAGAUAUCGAAUGAGGACCAAGAGAUGAUGUUGCGAAAUUUGGAGCGCAAAGAAACUGAAUAUAUGAGAUUGCAGAGACAUAAAGUUGGAAUUGAUGAUUUUGAACAAUUAACUAUAAUUGGCAAAGGUGCAUUUGGUGAGGUAUGGCUAUGUCGUGCUAAAAGUACGGGGGAGAUUUUUGCUAUGAAAAAGUUGAAGAAAUCAGAGAUGCUUAACCGUGGACAGGUUGAGCAUGUUCGUUCUGAGAGAAACUUGCUCGUGGAGGUUGACAGUCGGUGCAUUGUAAAACUUUUCUAUUCAUUCCAAGAUUCUGUUUUUUUGUAUCUUAUCAUGGAGUAUUUACCUGGUGGUGACAUAAUGACUUUGUUGAUGAGAAGAGAUAUUCUUUCCGAAGAUGUUGCUCGAUUUUACAUUGCGGAGAGCAUUUUAGCUAUUCAUUCAAUUCACCAACAUAGCUAUGUUCACAGGGACAUAAAACCAGAUAACCUGAUAUUGGACAAGAAUGGACAUUUGAAGCUCUCUGAUUUCGGCUUGUGUAAAACCCUGGACAAUAAAUAUUCAAGCAUUUUACUGGAAAAUGAAGAUUUUACGAGCCAAUCCUUGAAUGGGACUGAAGAAAAUUCAAGCUGUGACAGAGCCCCCUGGUCAAUGCCUAAAGAAUGUUUGCAACAAUGGAAGCGUAAUCGCCGUGCAUUGGCUUAUUCUACUGUUGGAACUCUUGAUUAUAUGGCUCCUGAAGUGUUGCUAAAAAGAGGUUAUGGAAUGGAAUGUGACUGGUGGUCAUUGGGGGCAAUCAUGUAUGAGAUGCUUAUAGGUUAUCCUCCCUUUUGUUCUGAAGAUCCGAGGAUGACAUGCCGCAAGAUAGUCAAUUGGAAAACAUGCUUGAAAUUCCCUGAGGAACCAAAAAUAUCUGAUGAGGCUAAGGAUCUGAUCUGUAAUUUGCUAUGCGAUGUUGAAAAAAGGGCGGGGACAAGAGGUGUAGAAGAAAUAAAGGCACAUCCAUGGUUUAAAGGCAUUCAGUGGGACAUGCUAUAUGAAAUGGAAGCUGCUUACAAACCUACUGUCAAUGGGGAGUUAGACACACAGAAUUUUGAGAAGUUCACUGAAGUAGAGGGUGGUCCACCAUGUACUAUACCAAAAGUGGGGCCUUGGCGCAAGAUGUUGACAUCAAAAGAUGCUAAUUUCAUGGGAUACACUUUCAAGAAAUCUGACAUCCUAAAUUCAAUUGGAACUUCAGGCACAGACAUGAGUUCAAAUGGAUCUUUGAAGGCUCCCUCCCUGAUUUCCUUGCUUGGUCGCCUCGACAUGCAGGAAGAAACUGUGAAUAUGGAUAAUGAUCAGCUGGAAACUUGAGUUUCAGCCUCCGUUUGUCGCCUUCUAAAGGAAGUUGACAAUUGACAUGCACAUGAUCUGUGGAAGAAACUUAUAUCGAAGGCUGCGCCUGGCAAUCAUUGCUGUAUAUGGAUGAAUAAAAGGCUGGCUUAAGAGCUGAUAUGAUUCUUGACCACUAUUAUUUGUUCCUUUUUCCCCCACAUAUGUGAUGUAUAAGCGCCUAAUGAAAAGCCAGAAAUCUGUUCUAUUCAAUUUCUAUGUCAAUUUUUGGUAAGAAUAUCAAAUAUAAUUAGUCGAGAACCAAAGGUUCAAUGAGCACUCAUUUUUUGCCUGCAGGACGAGAAUGAAAGAUUGAUUCCUCAUCAAGCUUUUACACGUUUCCAGUGCAAUAAAACUUGCUUGUACCUGUAUCAAAUCGUCUAUGGGUGAUAGUUGGACAGUUUAAUGAUCUAUGCGAUGCUUUCAUUGUGCUCUUUAUGUGCAGAGCAUGGCCAUCAAGUUUGGUGAGACAACUGCUCCUCCUGUUGCUUUAUGUAAAGACUUAGGUGAAGAUGUGAAAUUUGGAUUUGUGUGAAAUUUAAUAGAAUAUUAGUAUAAUUUUGUACCA